AUGGGACUGUUUUCACGACUGAAGAAAGCCUGCAAAGUGGAGCGUGUAGACGCACCCCAAACCUGUGUGCUGCUCAAAUACACGACCAUCACGGCGGAAAACCAAGGGCAUCCUCACCCUCUUGAUGAGACGCCUGGUGGUGCUGAUGAGAUAGUUGAUAGGGAAAGGGAGGCAGGGAGACGAGAGAGAAUUAAGAAGAGGUUUUGUAGAGCUUUUCUUAAUCUCUUUCGCCUAAGAACUGGAAAAUACGACCUGGCUAAGUCUGAGAAAGUGUACCGAAGUGAGGCUGGGUCGUAUCGGGGACUUACCGAUGGUAAAAUCACAUAUGAUGAUAGAGAUCAGACUUCUCUACAACACAUCCCUGUUGUAGAGAUCCAUGAUCAUCAAGAAGCUCAUGCUUCUGAGGUCCUCCCAGCUUUAGAGAAACACCUGGAGCAGGAUGUUCCUAAACCUCAGGGUGUCCCUCAAUCUCCAGGCGUCCCUCAACCUCAGGGUGUCCCUCAAUCUCAGGACGUCCCUCAACCUCAGGGUGUCCCUCAAUCUCAGGACGUCCCUCAACCUCAGGACAUCCACACUCCAGUUGGUUUGACUGAAGAGGACAUAGUGGAAGCGCUGGUCAAGGAUCAGUCAUCUCUACAGCACAUUAUAGAGAUCUGUGAUCUUCAUGAAGCUCCAGUCUCUGAAGUCCUCAUCGCUGAGGAUCAGAUGGAGCAGGACGUCCUCCAACAUCAGGACGUCGAUGCUCCAGUAAGUUCUGCUGAAGAUGACAAAGCAGAACUGGUCAAGGACCAGUCUUCUCUACAGCAAAUUGUAGAGAUUCAUGAUCAUGGAGAAGCUCCAGUCUCUGAAGUCCUCCCUGCUGCUGAGGAUCAGCUGGAGCAGGGCGUCCUCCAACAUCAGGACAUCGAUGCUCCAGUAAAUUCUGCUGAAGAUGACAAAGCAGAACUGGUCAAGGACCAGUCUUCUCUACAACAAAUUGUAGAGAUUCAUGAUCAUGGAGAAGCUCCAGUCUCUGAAGUCCUCCCUGCUGCUGAGGAGGGCGUCCUCCAACCUCAGGACGUCCACACUCCAGCUAGCUCCUCUGAAGAUGAUGAAGCAGAGGAGCCGGAGAACAACCACAUUUUCUGGCGAUAUGAAUUUGGCUCCAAGCUGGGUGAAGGAAGCAACAGCCACAUACAUGCAGGGACUCGCUGCAAGGAUGGCCUUAAGGUUUAUUUAUUUAUUUGUACUCCGAUUUAUGAAUGGAAUGACCUCUGUGCAAAUGCUUAUUGUUAAUUCUUUGCUUUGUUGCUCAGGUGGCUGUGAAAAUUGCUGAAA